AUGGAUGGUUUAACUCCACAUACAGAAACUCGAGCGAACUGCUAUAAGAUUACACAAUUGGAAAAGGAAGUGAUUGUUGAAUACAUACUUGAUAUGGAUCGAAGAGGAUUUCCACCUAAAAUCAAGGGUGUAGAAGAUAUGGCGAAUUAUAUUCUUGAAUCAAGAAGUGCGAAGAAAGUUGGAAAGCUCUGGGCUCAUCGAUUUGCAAAUGAUAUUAUAUAUAUAAGAUUAUUAUCGCAUUUAAGUCAUUUAACUCAACCACUUGAUAUUGGGUGUUUUAGUGUCCGAAAACGCUUUCUCAAGAAACCCAACACAUCUAUAUUCGAAACUGUAUUAGCUUUAGCUAAAGGCACAGAAAGAUUGGCAUAUGAAAAUACACUUUUAAGUGCAGAAAACCGUACACUUCGGAAGGCAAAUGAGGCAUUAAGCAAACAUCGACAUGCAAAAAAAACUCAAUUACAGCAAGAAGGAGUACUUACUGGACAAGAAGCUAUAGAUAUAUUAUCUCAGCAAGAGGUUGAUAUUCAGAUUCAACGCGACGAGCGUCAAAAUGGCCCUUUCAAUGCACAAUUCCUGAUGGAAAAGAAGGAAAUCUGGGACAAAAUCCUUGAUGCCGAAAGAAUACAAAUCGAUAAACCCUGGCAUAAAGUCAUCAUUCACAAAAUCCCAAUUCAGGAAUUCUCAGGUCUGAAAGGUAUGGACCUAAUCAAAGAGGAAGUCAAUACCUUCAAUCCAGGGCUCAGUAUUAUGGGUACUCCUUACUGGCUUACUAAUGCCUCCAAGAGAGCCAAACAACAAGACGGAGCAAUAGUCAUUGCAUUUGCUACACAAAAAGAAGCAGAUAUAGCUAUUCAGAAAAGGCUAUAUAUUGCAGGCAUUAGUGUUAGAGUAGAAAGAUUCUAUCCAUCUACUCCUUCAUCCCAAUGCAACAGAUGCCAGGGAUUCGGCCAUAACGAAUCAUACUGCAAAAAACCUCCAGCUUGCGGACUUUGCAGUAAUAAUCAUGCUACAGUCGGUCAUUUCUGUAUAAUCUGCCAAGCAAAAGGCAAACCAUGUCAACAUCUAAGUGUCAAAUGUGUUAAUUGUAAAGGAGAACACAAAGCCAACUCGAAAUCAUUCAAGAACCCUGGAUCCUCUCGAAUCCUGAGAAAGACUUCUCCUCAACCAGAUCUAUUGCCCACUCUAGCUUCUCUCAACUCCUCCCAAAUAAUCCUUCGAACCUGCGUCCCCGAACUAUGA